UGCCAACGUAAAAACACUGUAUGCGAGGCUACCACAUGUUCACGUGUAUUUGUUCUAUACUUUAUGGAUCGAUUUAAAGAAAUAAACGUGUGAUUUUAUCAUAUAAAUAUUACGUUACAAGAUUUUUUUAUACGUUGUUAAAUUUUUACGCACGAUCAGUUGGAGAUUAAAAUGCCGAAAGGAAAAACAAAGAAGUUUAUUGACAAGAAGAAUGCUGUCACGUUUCAUUUGGUUCAUCGUUCACAAAAAGAUCCAUUAGUGGCAGAUGAAACAGCACCUCAAAGAGUCCUCGUGCCAGUUGGGGACAAACAAGCAGCUAAAUCAGAAAAGAAAACAUUAGAUAGGGAAAAACGCAAAGAAGAGCAGCAAAAAUAUGGAAUAUAUUUUGAUGAUGACUACAAUUAUUUACAACAUCUUCGAGAUGUUAAUACCUUGUCAGUUGAGUGGGAACGUGUCGAGAACACAAAUUCACAAAAGGAUGCUCCAAAAAUCAGUUUACCUUCCUCUGUAUUUGCUUCAAAUGUCGAAGAGAAAGUUGGUAUGCUUAAUAAAGCUGCACCAGUUUCUGGACCACAAUUGGAUCUUGAUCCAGAUGUGGUCGCUGCAAUGGAUGAUGAUUUUAAUUUUGAUGAUCCUGAUAAUCAGUUAGAAGAUAAUUUCAUAGAAUUAGCUAAUGCUGAACAUAGCGACAGCGAUGGUUCUGACAGAGAAUAUGAAUAUGAAUUGAAUGAAUCGGCCAAUGAAUUUGAUGUAUCGGACAUAUCUUCUGAUGGUCACAUGGAUUUAUCUGAUGAAGAGGCAGAUGAAGUAUGUAGCCUAAAGGGACCACAGUACACUUUUAAAGAGGAGGAAACAAAAUCAAGAUUUACAGAAUAUUCCAUGAGCAGUAGUGUGAUGAGAAGAAAUGAACAACUUAGAUUGCUAGAUGAUAAAUUUGAAAAGAUGUACUCUGUAUAUGAUGAAAAUGAAAUUGGUGCUUUAGAUUGCGAUGAGAUAGAAGGAUAUGUUGGACAUGAUUCAGAUCUUAUUUUACAAUAUGCUGAAGAAUUUAAAAAGAAGCAGAAUGAAGAUACGGAAAAUAUUGCAAAACUUAUGACAGACAGAAUGAAAAUUGUGGAGAGAGAAUGUUCCAGUUCAGAAGAUGAAGAUGUUCAAAACAGACUCGUUGUCGAUGCUCGUACAAAAGAUAGAUGGGAUUGCGAAAGUAUUCUUAGUACAUAUAGUAAUAUUUACAAUCAUCCUAAGUUAAUUCCAGAACCUUCUAAGCAUCCAAAAAAAAUUGAAAUUGACCAAAAAACUGGUAUUCCAAAAAAUGUAUUAGGCAAUACUGGAAAAUUAACAGCUCAAGCGUUAGCACAAUUUGAUUUGGAAAAUAAUAUACCAGAGAGUUCACAAUCUGUAGCAGAAAGUAGAAGAUCCACCUUAAGUAUUUUAAGUAUAAGACCCAAAGGUGAAACUUCAGAAGAAAAGAAAGAAAGAAAGAAAUUACUCAAAGAAUACAGAAAAGAAAGAAGGGUUGAACGAAAAGCAAAUAUUGAAGCGUUUAAAGAGGAAAAGAAACGUCAAGAGAAGAUUAGAUUGAACAAUAGACAAAAUGUUCAAGGGAAACGUAUGGUAUAAAUUAUUGGAAGAAUAAUUCUCCGAUUUUUUUGUCACUGGAAAUCUAUCUUUACAGAUUUAACAACUUCAACUUCUAUAUGUGUAAAAAUAUAUAUUAUUGUAUGUUCAAGAUGUUACAGAUGUAUGUACAAAUAUUUUCUUAAAUCAA